AUGACAACGGAGAAACGAUCGCGGUACAUUCCCUGUCGUUUUGCUUGCGGUUUCCAGACUUCCAGCAGAGUCCUCGAGGCAGGCGUGAACACUUUACGAAAGACACUGGUUCUGAAGAAACAGGCUGAGUUGGAAGAUGUGGACAAACAACUCGCACUCAAGAGGCAAGAAUUUAAGAGCUGCGUUCAGGCUCUAACUCAGAGAAGAUCUGAACUGGAAAUCAAACAACAGCAGACUAAAGAGAGGGCGAUAAAAUUUGAAAAGUUUGUGGCUGAAAAUGAAGCAAAGAGGCGUCGAGCGCUGAAGAAGUAUGAGGCUGCACAGGAGCAGAACAUUUUGAAGCACAGAGAGAUAGAGGAGCUGACCAAACAGCUGAAACAACUUCGAGCCAGACAGCAAGUUUUAAAGGAGAGAAUGGCAAAAUACAAAAUCUAUGAGGACUACUUAAUGAAAACACUUGAUUAUCUGCCCAGCAAUUACCUUGAAAACGGAUCUGAGUCUUUGGUUAUGCCCAUCAUUCGGCGCCAUGAGACCCUAUCCAUCACCCACCAGGAGCUGCUGCAGCGUUUGUGGCAUCUGGAGGAGGAGGUGGAACAUAGCCAGCAACAGUUGCAGAGCAUGAAGCAGGAUCACAGCAUAAAAAAACUGAUGGCCAAUAAGGAACUUUCUGAACUCCAGAGUGAGUUAGAGAGCCUUAAAGAGAAGAACAGGCAGGCAGAAGUUAACCUGCUGAUGGAGCAAGGCCAGUCCAGAGAGAAGGUUGAAGAAGUGGGCCGCUUACUCAUGGCCAUCAACAACCUGGCAGAGCAGUGUUAUUUGCCAGCAUAUGAAACUCUGGAAAACAUGAACGUAUUGACGAUGAUGAACAUGGUGAAGGAGUACAUUAUGGACAAAGCAGACACAGAGAAGAGAGCCAGGAGACUGAUGGAGUCUGGGUCUGCACUGACAAGUAGAACAGCUCUGACAGACAAAAGAGAGAGGGCAUCCAUGAAAUGCAUCGGCAGCAAAACACAAAUCAAAAGUCCAAGUAAAGUCAGUAGGAAGAGUGAGACAUUUAGUUGA